AUGCCAAGGUCAUCAUCAACGACAAGACGCAGGCAGCUCCAAGUAGCAGCCACAACCAAGCCUCCACGAUGCUGGACGAUCCCCAAUUACACCAAGCGGUACGACAAGGAUCCGAUGAGAAUCUUCCGGGACAUUCUCAUUUUAGCCAAUCAGCUGUUCUACUUCUUCCUCACCACCAAGUUCUAUCUCCCCUUCAUGCUCCGCCACUCCAUGAACGGCGCCGCCAGCAUCAGCAGAAUGGCCUGCGUGGACGCGAGCCGCAGAGUCCUCUUCAGGUUCGUCGUGAUCCGCAACCCGGAAGGGAUCUGCAGCAUCCCCGACGACGCCUAA